AUGUCGUGCCAACCGUUCACUUCGGUCCCUCAACCACCCACCAACCUCCCAUCGUGCGCCGUACCUGUCGGUGGCUCGAACUCUUCAAUACUAGAUGCAUGCUGCAACGGGCACAUCAACGCGAUCGCGACUUAUUCCGCUCCCGACUCAACCACAUCAUCACCAUCCGCGUCCUCAACUCCAGUCAUCGUCAACUCAGAAGACAACGACGGCUGCUUCCAAUACUGCAUCACCGAUUCACCAGACAUCGUCCAAAGCUGCUUGGCACAAAAGAUGGAAGAAUACGAGAAAGAAGGCGCAAGUGGCAUGGGCAUGUUCGGGUGCUUCAACACGGAUAAGGCAGUCGGUGCGAGAAAGGUCGAUGAGGAGCGAGGAUAUGCUAGUGCGGGUGUGAGGAUCAGUGGAGGUGCGAGUUGGGCGGUAUCAAUGCUGCUGGGUCUGAGUGUCAUUGGUGCAGUUGUCAGAGGCAUCUGA